UUUUCAUGGUACUAUUUUUUCCGAUGAAGAAGCACCCACCAGCUCCGAAUGAUGGAAACCUCCGAUGAAGAAGCACCCACCAGUUCCUAAACCCUAAACCCUAAAAUAGUACCAUGAAAAGAUUAAUGAUCGAGCAUACGGAGGCGCAUCCUACCUCAGCAUUAGUUGCACUGGUUCCAUAUAUCUAUGGUGAAACUGCUUUGCUCUUCACAUCUGAACACUGGGAGAUGAUGGAUGAUAUCCUGCGUACUGAGUUUUUUCUCGCUCCCCAUGCUGCUGUUUUGGAAGGCUCUCAUGGCCUCUUAACUGGCACUGAAUUGCAGGAGUAUUGGGACAAGCGUAAGAUUUCUUCCAGUGAUCUUCCUUCCAGUCGUGUGAGGGAUGUUGUUGCUCGUGGUAUGGUAUAUGUGUGUUUUAUUCGUUUUUUUUUUAUAUCUGCUGUUAAUUUUUCUCUUAUCGUUCGUACUUUUUUUUUCUGGGGAUUUGAGUAUGUUUGUUUUUAUCUUUGUGAGGCAUAUGAGUCUCCCAACCUGCCUUUGGAAGACCUGAUUGAUUAUUUGCUAUUGCUUUUUUAUUGUAAACAAUCUUUGCUCUGACCUCUCCCCUACCUUUCUAAACCUUGAAUUAAUUAUGUGUAGUCUAAGUUACGGUUAUUAGACAGAAAGAAAAGAGUGAUACCAACGUACGGCUUGGUGUCGUAUAACUAUGAUUUUCUGUUAAUUGGAGUCUUCAACUUAGUAGUUUGUUUUCAAAUUGGUCCCAUUUGUAGUCUCCUUUGAAGACAGAAAGAAAAGAGUGAUACCAAUGUACGGCUUGGUGUCGUAUAACUAUGAUUUUCUGUUGAUUGGAGUCGUCAGCUUUUUGUACCCCCCCCAUCCCGUAUAAGAGAUAAUGUAGGGUCUAGUCAGUUUGGUUGCUUGUCUUUUUAGCUACCCUAUCAUGUUCGUACUGUGUAUCAGGUUUGGUUAUGCUUAUUCAAUAGAGUUUUGUGGUAU